GAUACCGAUUGACUGAUUGUGUAACGCCCCGAUGAAGAAGACGUUGAUGUUUACGAUGGCGAUUUUGAUUUAAAGUGGAAGAAAGUUCAAGACUGUAUCAACCUUUCCUCUGGUCAUUCCAAUUUUUAAACAUUUUUAAAUCGUCUUCAAGUUUUAUUUUCAACAUGCUAUCUUCAACCUCUAUCGUAUUGUUUUUUGCUACCAUCUCUUGCUGUAGCGCUCUUCUUUUUGGCCUCAUAGGGUCUGAACAGUCUGUUGCGGUCACCGGAAAAUUAACAUGCAAUGGAGAGCCAGCAGCGCACGUCCGUGUGAAGUUGUACGAAAAGGAAACAACUCUUGAUGUGCUAUUAGAUGAAGGAACAACUGAUGAAAAUGGUGAAUUCAAGCUGCAGGGACACAAGGUGGAAGUCAGUACCAUUGAUCCAAAGUUGAAUAUCUACCACAAGUGCAACUACAAAGGAAUUUGUUAUCAAAAAUCUUCUCUCACUAUUCCGGACAAUUUUGUUACUGAAGGAGAGGUUCCACAAAAAACAUUCAAUGUAGGAAUCAUCAAUCUUGCCAACAAGUUUAGCGGUGACUCAACGGAUUGUCUUAACUAAUUUUCUAUUUUGUUUUCUUUUCAUGACAUCACUUUUUCAAAGUUAUACGUUUUAAUAAAUUGUUCCUAAAAGAAAAUUUGAUAAAACGAAGUCACAUCAUUG